UAUUUCCCCUCUCGUUCACAGUGGCCAAAGAGCAUCACCAUGUCUCCCUCCUCCCUAUCCCCUUUCCUCAAGCUGCUGCUGCUCCUCCUCCUCUUCUCUGUGAUCAGUGCCGACCCGUUGUAUAAUAUCUGCGGCACCACCGGAAACUUCAGCGCCAAUAGCACGUACCAGACCAACCUGAACCUCCUCCUCUCCCGCCUCGCCUCCAAUGUUUCCGCUUCUGGCUUCAUAAACGACACCGUGGGGCGAACCCCCGACCAAGUGUACGGUUUCGCCCUCUGCCGGGGAGACGUCAACUCCAGCGCGUGCGGCUCCUGCGUCGAUACUGCCACCCAGGACAUUCAACAGAUGUGCGCCUACAACAAGGCUGCUGUGAUCUGGUACGACUUCUGCCUCCUCCGCUUCUCCAACGGGAGAAUUUUCUCCUACGACGGCAACUCGCCGGAGUUCUACAUGUGGAACGUCAACAACAUCACCCGGGCGGAUCGGUUCAGCAAGCUCUUGGAUCUCCUGCUGAACCGUACGACAGACAGGGCGGCGAACUCCGCCAAGAAGUUCGCCACCGGGACGGUGAGCAACUUCACGUCGACGUUCCCGAUGGUGUACGGCCUGGUGCAGUGCACUCCGGACCUGUCGCAGACAGAUUGCGGGACGUGCUUGCGCGGUCUGUACAGCCCUUUACCGAAACUAAUGGUGGGAAAGGAAGGAGGGAGGGUGAUCGGAGUGAGGUGCAACAUGAGGUUUGAGGUGUACUCCUUCUACCAAGGCAACUCCACGCUGGCGCUUACAGCUCCCGUGGAGAGCGCAUCGGAACCGACCCCACCGCCUGCCUCUCCGCCACUUGCUACCCCCGCCGUUCCCCAACGAGGAAAAAAGAAGAACGCAAUUGGAAUAGUUCUAGCUAUUGUCAUACCUGCAGCGACUGCAGUGCUGCUGCUGAUCUCCAUUGUUUGCGUCUGCUACUGGAGGAAGAGGAAGCGGAUACCGAAACCUCCAUACGAAACUGAUGGGGAGCAGAUCCCGAGUGUUGAAUCACUACUGUUUGAUCUAUUGACAAUACGACUUGCGACAGCCAACUUCUCCACAGAGAAUAAAAUUGGAGAAGGUGGAUUCGGAACAGUGUACAUGGGACUGCUACCGGAUGGAAGAGAAAUAGCUGUCAAGAGACUCUCCAACUCUUCUGGGCAAGGACUUGGAGAACUGAAGAAUGAGUUAGUUUUGGUCGCAAAACUCCAGCAUCGAAAUCUUGUAAAGCUUCUGGGAGUUUGCUUGGAGGAAGAGAAGAUGAUUAUCUACGAAUAUGUGCCCAACGGAAGCCUGGACGCCUUUCUUUUUGAUCCUACGAGAGGCCAACAGCUUCGUUGGGGAAUCAGAUACAAGAUCAUUGCCGGAAUUGCUCGAGGCCUUCUAUACCUGCACGAAGAAUCGCAGCUAAGGAUCAUACAUCGUGAUUUAAAAGCCAGCAACAUCUUGUUAGAUGCAGAGAUGAACCCCAAGAUCUCAGACUUCGGUUUGGCAAAGCUUUUUGGUGGCGACCAGACUCAGGGCACCACAAGCCGAGUCGUGGGAACUUUCGGCUACAUGGCGCCGGAGUAUGCGAUGCAGGGCAAGUUUUCGAUCAAGUCGGAUGUGUUCAGCUUCGGUGUUUUGGUUUUGGAGAUUUUGACCGGAAGAAAAAACAGUAGUACCUACGACUCCGACGUCGCCGAAGACCUUCUAAGCUACAUAUGGGAGAAAUGGCGAGGAGGAAGAGCCAUGGAGAUCGUAGACCCAGCCUUGGGUGGGCGGUACCAAGGAGGCGAUGUGUUGAGAUGCGUCCAGAUCGGGCUGUUAUGUGUUCAAGAAAAUCCAAAUGACAGGCCGACGAUGUCAACGGUGGUUGUGAUGCUCAACUCUGAGACGGUCUCCCUCCAGCCUCCUGCACGGCCUGCGUUCUGUGCGGGUAAGAGCGACGCGAAUGCAAGCUUGGGCUCGAGUAACUCGACUCUUCCGGUCGAAAAAUCUGAUCGACAAAGCAAGUCAUUUCCCAUGUCACCAAAUGAAGUUUCGGUUUCAGAAAUAGAACCGAGAUAGAUGGGAACAGCAAAAGGCGGCCACUGUCGAUCUCUCCUCACAUAAGGCCGUGUGCCUGCGUUCCUGUUCUCAGACACAGCGUCGUACAACCGUGCUGUGUAGUCUCCUUUUUAUCUCUCUCAUGAUUUACCUUCUUUUAGGAGGAGUAUCAGCGGAAUUCAAGCAAAUGAAAUGUCAAAAAGGAUUCCAUGUCAAUCCGCAUAUAUUUACGCUUGAAUCUUCCAUGUGAACUUUUGGAUCAACAUUUAGAA